AUGGGCUUGUUUGCAAGAAAAGCCAAUCGAAAUCCAACAUCUAUACCUCUUUUCGGUGUUCUUCUCGUCGUUCUCCUCCUCACCGCCAUCUUCCUUGUCGUGGUUGAUACCUUGGCGACGCAGACCAAAACGAUUAUUGGAUACAAUUUGAAACCGACGCCUUGGCAUGAAUUCCCUGCCAAGAAAUUUAAUAACGAAACAAAGAUUGCUCGAGCUUCCAAGAUUAUACAAUGCUCUUAUUUUUCAUGUGGGAUGAGAUCUAAAAAUGAUAAGAUUUUGUAUACCGAUAAUAAUGCAGAAACGUGUCCUAGUUUUUUUAGAUGGAUACAUCAUGAUCUUGAGCCAUGGGCUAAAACCGGCAUUUCUUAUGCUCAUUUGAUGGAAGUCAAGAAAUUUGCUUCGUUUCGUGUUGUGAUUAUUGGGGGGAAGUUGUAUGUAGAUUAUUAUUAUGAUUGUGUGCAGAGUCGAGCCAUGUUUACUAUUUGGGGGUUUUUGCAGCUUCUUAAGAGGUAUCCUGGUAGAAUCCCGGAUGUGGAUUUAAUGUUUGAUUGUAUGGAUAAGCCUCUUAUUGAAAAGAACGAGUCGGCUACACCUAUGCCUAUUUUUCGAUAUUGUACAACGCCUAAUCAUUAUGACAUUCCGUUUCCUGACUGGUCUUUUUGGAGCUGGCCAGAAGUUAACAUAGGACCAUGGGAAGAAGAAUUUCAAAGCAUUAAAGAAGGUUCACAACAGCAAAGUUGGAGAAAGAAGUAUCCAUAUGCGUAUUGGAAAGGGAACCCAGAUGUCGUUUCUCCAAUUAGAGAAGCAUUGCUUCAAUGUAACGAUACGAAGCAAUGGGGAGCACUUAUCAUGCGUCAGAAUUGGACACAGGAAGUAUUGGAUGGGUUUAAGCAAUCAAAACUAUCAAGCCAAUGCAAUCAUCGGUAUAAAAUAUAUGCCGAGGGGUAUGCUUGGUCUGUAAGCUUAAAAUAUAUACUGUCUUGUGGUUGUGUUCCUCUUAUAAUCAAUCCAAAAUAUGACGAUUUCUUUAGCCGAGGUCUCUUUCCGAAGAAAAACUACUUACCAAUCUCCCCUGAGAGCAUAUGUCCAUCUAUUAAAACUGCAGUUGAGUGGGGAAAUGCACAUCCAUCCAAGGCAGAGGCGAUAGGAAAAGCAGUGCAGCAUUUCAUGGAGACUUUGAACAUGGAUAGGAUAUAUGAUUACAUGUAUCACUUGAUAGUCGAGUAUGCAAAACUGCUGGACUUUAAACCAGUACGACCUGUGUCUGCGUUAGAAGAGUGCGUCGACUCUUUGUAUUGUUUUGCAGAUCAAAACCAAACACAUUUUCUUGCAGGAUCAGAAACCUUGCCUUCAAAAUCCCCUCCUUGCAAACUUCCCAGGCAGGCAAACAAACUGAUUGACAGAAUGAUAGAACAGAAAAAGAAAAUUAUAAAUUCUACCCAACUUUUGAUGUAAUUAAAAUCUUAGUAUAGUAAACUGUUAUUUGAGUUUAUAGUCUUGUGGCACGUAUACAAAA